AGUGCCAAAUAGAGGUGUACAGAAAGAAGGGCACACUUGUCAUUGUAGGACCUGCUACUUUGUAGUUCUUUAACGGAUUUACUUAAAGCAGGGGAAAACCUUUUUUUCAUCUUCUGAGGUAUUUAUUUUUUUUGGAAUGAUUAUUUCUAUUUUUUAUUAUUUUUUAUUUUUGUAUUAAGUAUUUAUACCACCUUUCUGGACGUUGGCAAAAUUAAUUGUUUUGCAAUACAGCGGAUUCCCACUGGUCACUAUUUGUUUUAUCUGCCACCAUGACUUCUGUGGAAACGAGUCCUGGAUUUGAUUUAAUCCAGGUCAGGAUCGAGACUCUAAGCAGCAAAAUGGACACGCUCAUUAGCAUCCAGGAAAAAGUCCUCAGCCGCCUGGACAGCAUGUCAGAGGAACUCGUUGGCAUAGAACGAGACAUGGAAACUCUGAAAGUAGACAAGGAAGAGACACCUCCAACAAGCCGCAUGAAGGGACCGGCCCGUGGCAUUGGGGGUGAGAUGAAAGAAAUGUGCCUAGAAAUGAACAACAUCAUGACAGCUGUAAAUGAGCGUUCCGAGCAGCAGACCAAGAAGCUGGAAGGCAUGGAGAGGCUUGUGAUGAGCAUCCAACAGGUGGUCAGCUUCAUUGGGGAAACCGUCAAGACUUCCAAAAUCACAGAACUCAUGUUCAAGGGGCCAGCAGCACGCAAAAGCAAAGCAAUGUUAACCUCAGGGGGCAAGACUCAGGAUAGCAAACAUGGUACUAAGAGACAGGCCUCAUGUGAAACUGUACCCAGCAAGCUGAAGGAUCACAAGUUUAAAGACGGGAAGGAGAAAAGUCACGUGACCCUUAAGGGGCUUAAGGCGCAGAUGAAAAAUAAGCCCCCAGACACUACAGACUCGACCUUUGUGAAGAAGCAGGCCCUGCUCCUGGAGGAAGUUCAGAAGCUGAACAAAGAGAAUGCUGAGCGCUCCAUUUCAUCCACAGAGUCAGAGGCUGAUGAUUUCAUCCUGAAUAAAGCUGAAGAUCCUGCAGUCGAACAAGAGGAGCUUUUACCAGACGUCCAGGAAAGCGUCAUCUCUCCGGAGUUAAAAGAAGAGGAGGAGAAAGCGGAGGAACCGAAAACCGAAGAUAUACAGGUUAAAGUGGACGAGACGAUUAACAAAUCCGAAGAGGAGGAGGUCAAAGAGGUAAUUGAAGAGGAGAUCAAAGAGGAAGAAUGUUCCACAGUUGAUGUUAUGGAGGUGGAGAAUGCUGUGGCACCACAGAGCUGUGAACCUGAACCUCUGCAUGAAGUCACCACGAUCAGCGACAAGUGUGAGUCAGUAAAGAGCCUUGAACUGCAGACCUGCGAAAAAGACAGCGAGGAAAUGAAAGAAAAUGAAAAGCAAAUGCAUGAUCCUCAAGAUCUGUGUGGUGUUUUCAAAGCAGACGGAGUCGAAAUCCAUUUAGACUUCAGCAAAAUGAAGAAAACGGAAGAGAAACAAUUUGACGACGGCGAGUGCGAUCAGUUCUUCAUUGAUUGCACCCCUCCACCACCAGCUCCAUUCAACCACCGUGUGGUUUCAGCCAAACCCAACCAGAUCAGCAACUUCUACACCAUCAACCACCAAGAGAUCAUCGGAGGCGGCCGUUUUGGUCAGGUGCACAAAUGUAUUGAAAAUUCCUCUGGACUCACUCUGGCCGCUAAGAUCAUAAAAGCACGGAGCUCAAAGGAAAAGGAGUUGGUGAAAAACGAGAUUCAGGUCAUGAACCAAUUGGACCAUGCCAAUCUGAUCCAGCUCUAUGCUGCUUAUGAAUCCAGGAACGACAUCAUCCUCGUCCUCGAAUAUGUGAACGGUGGUGAGCUCUUUGACAGGAUUAUAGAUGAGAACUACACACUGACAGAGCUGGACACAGUCAUGUUUGUCAGACAGAUCUGUGAGGGUCUGCGCUAUAUGCACAAAAUGUACAUCAUCCAUCUGGACCUGAAGCCUGAGAACAUCCUGUGUGUUAGCAGAGUGACAAACAAAAUCAAGAUCAUUGACUUUGGACUUGCAAGAAAAUACGUACCUCGGGAGAAAUUACGGGUGAAUUUUGGCACACCAGAGUUUCUUGCCCCAGAGGUGAUCAACUAUGACUUUGUGUCCUUCAACACGGACAUGUGGAGCCUCGGAGUCAUCGUCUACAUGCUCCUGAGUGGUUUAUCUCCGUUUCUCGGUGAUGAUGAUAACGAGACACUGAACAACAUCCUGGCCUGCCACUGGAACUUUGAGGAAAGUGAGUUCUUAGGCAUUUCAGAUGAGGCCAAGGAGUUCAUUUCCAAACUGCUUGUCUACAAUAAAAGUUGGAGAAUAGGUGCAGGUGAAGCUCUUAAGCAUCCUUGGCUGUCAGACCCCUUGCUCCAUCAACACCUGUACAAAAAGAAGAACAUGUGUCAUUCACGUCGAAACUCAUGUGUUCCUCCACCUGAGAGCUAAUAUCUGGCUUUGUUUCUGCUAGCUGAGGCCAUCCGGACCAAGCCUGCUGUGCUUUUUAUUACUGGACAUUACUUGUUAAACUACCUACCUUAUGCUGUUUGGGUCAUUUGUUGCAGAAAUUUGUGCCAUUUUGGUAACUACAGUCACAUAUUAUUAUUGUUAACAUCAUUAUCAUUGGAGUUAAUUAAGCACCUAGAUAAAUAGUGAACUGAUUCAUAACCAAAAAACUCCAUAAAUAAUUAUUUUGGAUCUUUUAAUAGGAAAUACAAUGAUUAGAAUAAAUAAUAAUAAUCAUAAUUAUCAGCUUCUGCAUUUGUAUAAACAUGUAAAGCACCACUGUACACUGAAUAAGUAAAGAAUAAAACAUUUUGGUGUGUGCUUUUAUAGGAAAAUAGUAAAUGACAACUAUUUAUUACAUAAAGAAUGAGAGGAAAUUUAACAUUUAACAAAACCUUCCUAAACGUAAAGGUACAGCUUAAACACAGACUGCUGUGAAGCACUGACACUGGAGACUGAAAAGUGUCCUUAAAGAUAACGUAUGUAAUCAUGCCAGUGAUUUCCUUUUUUUUUUUUUUUUUUUUUCCUUGAUAAAUAACAAGAUUUUUUUGUAAUUUGUUUAUUCUUGUACAAUUCCCAGUGAAUGAAUGAGUUGUUACUAUAGAAACAGUAACAGAUUAGAAUUCAGCCUACUGUAGCUGUAGUGGAAUAAAUGUUAUUUAAAACACUAUCAUAAAAAUGAGAAAGAAAUGAAAGAAUUGAGACUGGAAUUACCAGAGGAGUGUUUCACUGUGUGUUAUGGUGUAGUAUUAUGUGCUUAAGCAUGGAAUGGCAAAAUCAGACAACAGUGAAAAAUCUAUUUUUAUAUCUAGUUUCUAUACAGUAUAAUGAGCGAAGUGUGAGACCUAACAUUCAGUAUUAGGUAAUAUUAUUUGAAGGAUGCAUGAUCACUUGCAGUGUUGCUGUACAUAAUUUUUUAUCUGUAUGACCUUUUCUCUGUGCUACACUGUGUAAAGAAGUUAGUUGACUUACUGUACUGUAACAGCCCAUUGAUCCCAUGACACCCAGACAGAGUCUAAUCUCUUCUACUUUAUAUGAUGAUGCAUUAAAUCUGAUGAGGUGUGUUCGUAACUGCAUUCAUCUGACAUUCUAUUCUAUUUUUUCAUCUCCACCAGUAAUUAAUAUCAUCUUUUCUUUCUUUCUUUUUUAUUUUUUAUUUUUUAUUUUUUUUUGCAUUAGAAUUUUUUAUUAAGUUAAGUUAAUUCAUUAAGUUUGUUAAUGAAUAAGAAUUUGGAUUAUUUGGCCAAAGUGAGAAAAACACCUGAGUUACUGAGUUAAUCCCUGAAUAAAUUGUCUGUGAGGUCGAGGUGUCGACAUGUACACAUGUUCUUUUAAGCUGCAUUCUGUGCACUUUAUGGCUUUAUUUAUUUUGACAACUUUAAAAAAUU